AUGGAAGCAGGUAUUUUGAAAAAUCCUAUUGACUUAAUGGGUUCCAUAUACAAGGACAGUAAUUUGUCUGUUGACAAAAUCAAAUCAAAGGAAUCAAGAGCAACACUUAAGUCACUGCACGCGGCCUCCCAGCUCACCAAUACGCCCUUUAACGCUCCACUUCCACGGCCAGAGACGAGGUGCUACCUCUGUCUCUCGACAGCUGAACAAAACCGCGGCAAAAAAAACCCACUUCUAAAUUCCCCUCCGACUCCCGCGACGCGCAUCCCUACUACAAAAGCGGCGAGCGACAACGGCGGAGGUCACGGAGGGCUGCCACCCGCACCUCAGGCGCCUCAGCUUCCUCCUCUGCCCCCUCCCCCCGCGGCCAACGGCCAAUCGCCAACGGCCCCGCGCGCGCGGGGCCGGGGCGGCGGCCGGUGGCGCAGCCGCCCGCAGCGCGUUUUCCUCAGCCUGGCACAUCUCAUCCGCUCCAUCAACGACCCCGAGCACCCGCUCACCUUGGAGGAGCUGAACGUCGUGGAGCAGGUCCGCGUCAAGGUGAAUGACGCUGAAAGUACCGUAGCAGUGGAGUUUACACCCACGAUUCCUCACUGCAGCAUGGCGACAUUAAUUGGCCUGUCCAUAAAAGUAAAACUGAUUAGAUCUCUGCCUGAGAGAUUUAAGGUGGAUGUUCAUAUAACACCAGGAACACACGCCUCUGAGCAUGCAGUUAAUAAACAGCUUGCUGAUAAAGAACGUGUAGCAGCUGCUUUGGAAAACUCUCACUUACUGGAGGUGGUGAAUCAGUGCUUGUCUGCUCGAUCAUAAUUGCCUGAUGAGGAAAUCUUUGGUAUUAUGCUUUUGUUAAAUUAAUUUUGUAUAUAAGUGGUGAUGCAAGUGUUUCUUUAUCUAUGUAUCUAUAAGCAAAAUAAAGGGACUUGGAUUUUCUUAAAGAAAUGUUUCAUUACUUCUACAAAAAUUAAUAUGUAGGAAAUUAGCUUACAGGCAGGUACACAAGUAUUAUGAAUAUUGACUUUUUAAGUUUAUUAGCUCAAGCAGAGUAGGAUUUUUCUGGACAUAUCUUUAGAAAGAUCUGUUUGAACUUGGUUUUAAUGGAAUUCUGACCAUCCUAAACCAAAGAUUAGUUAUGAACUGCAUUUUAGAAGUGGGUUUUACACAUUGACCAAGCAAAUUAGCAGUUAAAAUCUUUCCAUUCAUAUGAUUAUUUUGGACUGUUAAUAUAAUUUUAGCUUCAAACAUUGAGAUUUUUACAAGUCAAUGCGUGCAAAGACAUAACAUGCCAGUAGCAAAAAAAUGUAAACACUUCUAAAUCAUCUAUUUGUUUUUUAUGAUAUUGACUUGGAUUUGCCAAAGAGGGAGGGCUCUCUAUACCUGUAUGAAAUGUGAUUAUUUUUAACUACUCAUUACUUCUGGUAAGUAAUUUCCAGAAGUUCUAUUUCUGAGGUAGAUUUUUUUUUUCUGCACCUGUCACAGCCUAGGAGGGAGUUAUGCAUAGUUUUCAGUAUGAACAGUCCAGCUACUCCCUGCUGAAGACUUUCCUGGUAAAGUUUGACAGCUAAAUCAUACGUUUUGCUUUAAGGAUAUAUUCAGAUUUAGUACUAAUACUUAUCCCAUGUUACUGGGCUGGAAAAUACGGCACUUACUAAACUGUUGUCUGUGGUGGAAAUUGACAAUAGAAAAAUUCAUUUAGAUUUCCAUGAUUAACUUUAAGAGAUGUUUUUAAUCCUAGACCACAUGAAAGGAAAAAAAAAAA